CACGCUUCGAGUUAUGACAACAACUUGCAGGCGAUUAAUGUCAAAAAUUAUGGUUUGGUGGAAUUCUGACGUCUAAAUUAAAUUCCUUGAUAGCAGACAGAUGAAUAAACACAUGCCUGUUUCCAUGACAAUGAUGAUUCCAAUGAUUCCUGCUGGUCUUUGACUACAGUGCCUGAAAGACUGACUCGUCAGCAGCAGCAGCAGCAGCACCAUGGCAGAAUAUGGAUGGGGUUUAUCAGAAAAGCUGAUCCGAAAGGCUCGAGAUGAAUUGAACGAAAUUCCUGAUCGAAGAGUUGUUGCUAUUGAAGAAAUCCGUGAACAGAUGGAAACAAGACCCGACAUAAACUUUUUAAGAAGUGACGACGUUUUCAUGCUGAGAUUUUUACGAGCCAGGAAAUUUAACACAGAAGAAACCUUCAAGUUAUUUGGCCGAUAUUUUGAAUAUCGACAAAGCAAUAAAAACUUAUUCAAAAAAUUUCAAGCCUCUGAAAAGGGUGUGAAGGAGGCUCUGAAUGAUGGUCUUCCUGGUGUUCUGCCAAAUACUGAUUAUAGAGGCCGAAAAAUUUUACUGCUGUAUGCAGCCAACUGGGACAAUUCAAGAUACGGUUUGGCGGGCAUUUAUAGAGCACUGCUGCUAACGCUGGAGAAAUUGAUAGACGAGGAAGAGAACCAGAUCAAUGGAAUAACAGUUGUCGUAGAUUGGAGUCAAUUCACGUUUAAACAAUCAACAUGGCUGAAUCCUAAAGUGUUAAAAUUAAUGAUAGAAGGACUGCAGGAUUGUUUUCCAGCAAGAUUUGCAGCCAUCCAUUUUGUGAAUCAGCCGUGGUAUAUUGAAGCCAUCUUUAAAAUGUUGCGUCCAUUUUUAAAGGAGAAAAAUCGAAAUAAGAUCAUAAUGCAUGGCAUAAACCUAACAACGUUACAUCAACAUAUUAGCAAAGAAGUUUUACCAGCUGAACUGGGUGGCAUGCAACCUCCAUAUAAUAACCAAUCGUGGGCCAGACAGCUUAUAGGGGAUGAAUCUUUUAGUUUUGGUGAUCAACAUAUAUAUUGGCCUAGUAAUACUCAACUUAAAACACGCUCAGAAACCUUCCCAUCAGACUCAUUUUCGGCUUCCAGUAAAGAAAAAGAAGAGAGGAACGAAAGAACGUUUUUAGAUGAAGAGUUUUUCUUGAUAGACUGACAGAAAGAAUGAAUGAAUGUGUUAAUUUCUUUGGGUAAAUAUAAUAGUGUAUUUGUGUAUGAUGGCAAGAAAAGUGCUCAGUUUGUCUGAAAAAAUCCCAACAUAAUUAAAAUGAAAAUACCACAAAUAUCAGAGAUUAUCUUCUUUCUUCUCUCUGUUCUGGACCCCGUUCAUUAGCCCAGUCAGUGCAGAACAGUAGCACUUAAACCCCAUUUCAUAUCAUUUCUAUUCUGGCUACAUAUUGGUAAAGGUGGGUUGGAUGGCCAAUGGUUAGCGCUGUACCAUAAAGUCUGUCAUUGAGUCAACUGGUGUAGUUUUGAUUCCCCGGUUGUAUGUGACAAGGAGUAUGGACGCCUAUCCAACCUUGUGGGUUUUCUCUGAGUCCUUCGGGUUUCCUCCAACUGCUGAAGACUCGAAUUAUUGAAAUAAAUAAUAUCUUAGUCCCAAAAUGACCUAGUUUGUGUUGAGUGGAGUUAAACCUCAUUUCUCACUCUCUCACUAUUCUGGAUCCCCUGCAAAAGCUCAGGCGGUGUAGAACAGUAGGAUGUUAAACCCCAUUUUAUUUCAUUUCUAUUCUGGCUACAUGUUGUUGAAUUUGUUAGUCAUAUGCAAUUGACUGGCAGGAGAACUUAACUGUCAGUCAGUAUGGCAUGUAAUUAGAAUUUCAAAGAAUUUCACCUUGAAUAAACAAUAAAUACUGAUAAAUUUUGAUCUGAUGGUAAAACAAUCCUUCAUAGAUGAUCAAAUAAAACCAUUAACAGAACACAAUUUUUAUCGGAAACCUAUUCUAAAAGCUUGAUGUUUUGACAAGUAUCCUCUUAAUAAAACCAGUGGUUGUUUCCCAUAAAAAAUUGUGUUUCCCAAUUGCCACUAAAAGAUUAUGUUUACAUCAAAUAAAACCAGAUGGAUAGAAGGGAGAUAACUCUGCUGUUGUGGUAUUUUUCUAAUGAUUUCAUGUUUUUUUGUGUAUAUAUAGUCUAGCUUUUCUACUCUUACCAAAAGUGUAUUUCUAUGUCUUCGAGCCAGUGGCUUUUGUAUAUAAACUAGUCAGCGGUAUUAGCUGUCGUGCUAUCCAGUGGUUCCAAAUGUUUUUCUGCUCGUGGACUCGUUGAGACAUUUUACAAAUCUCAGAUGACACCCACUUACAUGCACCAGUCAAUACUCCUUAUCUUGUAAUAGUGCAGGAAAACUGUGCAACAAAACAUAAACAAGACAAACUAUGAUUCCAAACCUUUUUCUGCUCAUGAACCUCAGAGGACACCCACUUCGUAGUCCAUAUUCUUUAUCUUGUGAUAAUGCAGGAAAACUGUGCAACAAAACUUAAACAAGACAAACUAUGGUUUGUCCAUUUAGGCCUUUAAAUGUCAACUAGCUUAGUGCCUGUUCUCAAGUGAAGCUAACUGUAGACAGGCAGCCUAAGUUUAGUAUGCCACUUACUAGUCAGUACUCUAUUUCUUGUAAUAAUGCAGGAAAACUGUGCAACGCAACAUUUCCAUGUUACAUGUAUAUGGGAUUCUUGAAGCUUCAAUUUAUUUUAUUAUAAGUCAGCGAGUGGGGGUACUUCCUCAGAAAUUUUUCAAAAAUUUUGAGCGAAAUACUUGAUUUGGAGUUUGUCCUGGAUAACAAACACAAUCAGCAGAAAUUAUUAAUAGAUCCUGUGUACAUAUUGGCGUAAUUUGGAAUUAUGUUAAGUGUAAGACAAGGGAUUGAAAGUAUGUCAUAUUCAAUCUGAUUAAAACACAGAUCCUAUUUCGUUUUGUUUUUUUAUAGUUCAAAAUUUCAUUUUAUUUGUCUGUACUACACUAGGAUCUGGAAGAGUUGUUAGCCAAUGAAACCAACUGUUAUGGCGACUUCUUGGCGUGCGAUGCACUGAACUGUGGGUAAAUCACUAGAAACGUCAACGUCAUAGGGCCAAAAGCCAUUCAUACGACCUCUGACACGACCUUUCACUACAACCGGUCAGAUCUUCAUGUAGUAUAGGCCAUCGAAAGUAUAAAAAAAAAUGAAAUGAAAUAUAGAUCUGACCCCGAGUUCACAAAGCAUUCUCAGAUUUAAAUUAAGAAUUUACUCAAACUUGUUCACCUUAUUUUAACUAAAAUAUAGCCCUUUAUAAAACGUUUGUUGUUUUAAUGUAUCAAAUACAUCAAUAAUAAACUAUAUGCUAAGUUUUGUGUUUAUGGAUCAAAGAUAUUUCUCAUAAACAGUGAUUGAAAGUUGAGUAAAUUCUUAACUGAAGUCUUGUGACCUUGGGGCCUGGUCUUUUAAUCAGAUUAUGUAAUAUUUAGUGUAAGACAAAUAGAAUUAUUUAGUGUAAGACAAAUAGAAUUAUUUAGUGUAAGACAAAUAGAAUUAUGUAAUGCUUACUGUAAAACAAGAAAUACUGUGGUGCUUAUAAUUAGUAUGUUCAUUAUUUGCAAAUAUAUUUUUGGGGGUAAAUCUUUUUGUAUAACAUUGUGAUUUGUAUAAUAUAUAAAGGUAGGAAUAUUACAAAACUGAAACAGUUAUAUGGGACAACAAUCACUGGUUUAUUAUACAUUAUCUUGAUAACGAUAAGUUAUCUCUUAUAGUUGGGGAUCACGGUGGCUAAGUGGGUAAGACGCUGGCUCACUAGCCUGGAGGUCGAGUGUUCGAUCCCUGCAUUGGCGGAGAAAAUUCAUCAAGAUUUUCACGCGUGGUUCUCCCUUGUCAGUAAUACAGGA